AUUGACCUAUGAUGAUGUGAAUGUGAAAUUCACUGUGGAAGAGUGGGCUUUGCUGGAUCCUGCCCAGAAGAGUCUCUACAGAGAUAUGAUGCUGGAGACCUACAGGAACCUCACUGCCAUAGGGUACAAUUGGGAAGCCCAUAACAUUGCAGAGAGUCUUCAUAAUUCUAGAAGAUCUAGAAGAUAUAUUCAAAGGCAUGUAAUAAUCCAUACAGGAGAGAAACCUUAUGAAUGUAAUCAAUGUGGUAAAGCCUUUGCCUGGCACAGGUCUCUUCAAAUGCAUAAAAGUAUUCAUACAGAAGAGAAACCUUAUGAAUGUAAUCAAUGUGGUAAAGCCUUUGCGCAGCACAGAUAUCUUCAGCUACAUAAAAGAAGUCAUACAGGAGAGAAACCUUAUGAAUGUAAUCAAUGUGUUAAAGCCUUUGCUUGGCAUGGGAGUCUUCAAAGGCAUGAAACUAUUUAUAGAGGAGAGAAACCUUAUGAAUGUAGUCAAUGUGGUAAAGCCUUUGCAUGGCACAGGUCUCUUCAAAUGCAUAAAAGAAUGCAUACAGGAGAGAAACCAUUUGAAUGUAAUCAAUGUGGUAAAGCCUUUGCAUGGCACAGUCAUCUUCAAAGCCAUGAGAGAAUCCAUACAGGAGAGAAACCUUAUGAAUGUAAUCAAUGUGGUAAAGCCUUUGCACGGUGCAGUCACCUUCAAAGCCAUGAGAGAAUUCAUACAGGAGAGAAACCUUAUGAAUGUAAUCAAUGUGGUAAAGCCUUUGCACGCCACAGUCAUCUUCAAAGACAUGAGAGAAUUCAUACAGGAGAGAAACCUUAUGAAUGUAAUCAAUGUGGUAAAGCCUUUGCAUGGCACAGUCAUCUUCAAAGCCAUGAGACAAUUCAUAGAGGAGAGAAACCUUAUGAAUGUAAUGAAUGUGGUAAAGCCUUUGCAUGGCACAGGUCUCUUCAAAUGCAUAAAAGAAUGCAUACAGGAGAGAAACCUUUUGAAUGUAAUCAAUGUGGUAAAGCAUUUGCAUGGCACAGUCAUCUUCAAAGCCAUGAGAGAAUCCAUACAGGAGAGAAACCUUAUGAAUGUAAUCAAUGUGGUAAAGCCUUUGCAUGGCGCAGUCACCUUCAAAGCCAUGAGAGAAUUCAUACAGGAGAGAAACCUUAUGAAUGUAAUCAAUGUGGUAAAGCCUUUGCACGCCACAGUCAUCUUCAAAUCCAUAAAAUAACUCAUACAGGAGAGAAACCUUAUGAAUGUAAUCAAUGUGGUAAAGCCUUUGCAUGGCACAGUCAUCUUCAAAGCCAUGAUACAAUUCAUACAGGAGAGAAACCUUAUGAAUGUAAUCAAUGUGGUAAAGCCUUUGCAUGGCACAGUCAUCUUCAAAGCCAUGAGAGAAUCCAUACAGGAGAGAAACCUUAUGAAUGUAAUCAAUGUGGUAAAGCCUUUGCAUGGCACAGGUCUUUUCAAAAGCAUAAAAGAAUUCAUACAGGAGAGAAACCUUAUGAAUGUAAUCAAUGUGGUAAAGCCUUUGCAUGA